CCGGGGCUGGGUGGGAGGGGGCGGGUGCCGCCGCGCGCGCACCCGCGGAGGAGCGGCCUAAGCGAGCGCGAGCCGCCCGCGUGUCGGAAGGCAGCGGGCGCUGCGCGCGGCUGGGGCAUCAUGGUCCCCCUGCUCCUCCUCCUCCUCCUCCUGCUGCUGCUGCCGCCGCUGCUGCUUCGGCCGCGCCUCUGGCCGCAGCUGCGCUGGCUCACGGCGGACUUGACCUUCGCGGUGCGCGCCCUACGCUGCAAACGGGCUCUCCGAGCGCGCGCCCUGGCCGCGGCUGCCGCCGACCCGGAAGGUCCCGAGGGGGGCUGCAGCCUGGCCUGGCGCCUCGCGCAACUGGCCCAGGAGCGCCCCGCGCACACCUUUCUCGUUCACGGCGCGCGGCGCUUCAGCUACGCGGAGGCUGAGCGGCAGAGCAACCAGGCCGCGCGCGCCUUUCUACGCGCGCGAAGCUGCGGCGCGGGAGUCGGCGCCCCGGACGCGGCGGCCGGAAGCGGCGCGGCGCGGGCCGUGCGGGAAGGGGAUGGCGCGGCCCCUCUGGCACCUGGGGCCACCGUGGCGCUGCUGCUCCCCGCCUGCCCAGAGUUCCUGUGGCUCUGGUUCGGGCUGGCCAAGGCCGGCCUGUGCACGGCCUUCGUGCCCACCGCCCUGCGCCGGGGUCCCCUGCUGCACUGCCUCCGCAGCUGCGCGGCGCGCGCCCUGGUGCUGGCGCCAGAGUUCUUGGAGUCCCUGGAGCCCGACCUGCCGGCGCUGAGAGCCAUGGGGCUCCGCCUGUGGGCUGCAGGCCCUCAGACCCAUCCUGCUGGAAUCAGCGAUUUGCUGGCUGAGGCCUCAGCGGAGGGGGAUGGGCCAGUGCCAGGGUACCUGUCUGCGCCCCAGAGCCUAACGGACACGUGCUUGUACAUCUUCACCUCUGGCACCACGGGCCUCCCCAAGGCUGCUCGGAUCAGCCACCUGAAGAUCCUGCAGUGCCAGGGUUUCUACCAGCUGUGCGGCGCCCGCCAGGACGAUGUGGUCUACCUCGCACUCCCACUCUACCACAUGUCUGGCUCCCUGUUGGGCAUUGUGGGCUGCCUGGGCCUUGGGGCCACAGUGGUGCUGAAGUCCAGGUUCUCAGCCGGUCAGUUCUGGGAGGACUGCCAGCAGCACAGGGUGACAGUGUUCCAGUACAUCGGAGAAUUAUGCCGAUACCUUGUCAACCAGCCCCCGAGCAAAGCUGAACGUGGACACAGGGUCCGGCUGGCGGUGGGCAGUGGGCUGCGCCCAGACACCUGGGAGCGUUUCGUGCGGCGCUUUGGGCCCCUGCAGGUGCUGGAGACUUACGGACUGACCGAGGGCAAUGUGGCCACCUUCAACUACACAGGACAGCGGGGCGCCGUGGGGCGAGCAUCCUGGCUUUACAAGCAAGUCUUCCCCUUCUCUUUGAUUCGCUAUGAUGUCACCACAGGGGAACCGAUCCGGGACACCCAGGGGCACUGUGUGGCCACAUCUCCAGGUGAGCCAGGGCUGCUGGUGGCCCCGGUGAGCCAGCAGUCUCCAUUCCUGGGCUACGCUGGGGGGCCAGAGCUGGCCCAGGGGAAGCUGCUGCAGGAUGUCUUCCGGCCAGGGGAUGUUUUCUUCAACACCGGGGACCUGCUGGUCUGUGACAGCCAAGGCUUCCUUCGCUUCCAUGAUCGUACUGGAGAUACCUUCAGGUGGAAGGGGGAGAAUGUAGCCACCACAGAGGUGGCAGAGACCCUGGAGGCCCUGGAUUUCCUUCAGGAGGUGAACGCCUACGGAGUCGCUGUGCCAGCUCUACACCCAUGUCUCUGAGAACUUGCCACCUUAUGCCUGGCCUCGAUUCCUACGGCUACAGGACUCUCUAGCCACCACAGAGACCUUCAAGCAGCAGAAGGUACGAAUGGCAAAGGAGGGCUUUGACCCAAGCACGCUGUCCGAUCCGCUCUACAUCCUGGACCAGGCUGGGGGAGCCUACUUGCCCCUCACACCUGCCCGGUACGGGGCCCUCCUAACUGGCAACCUUCGCAUCUGAGAGCCUCCAUGCCGAGCGCCCAAGGCGCUACUUUGUGGGGUAGGGGCAUUGCAGGCCUGUAGGGGCUGUCAGGGGCCUUUUCUAUACCAGAUUUGUAAUCAUUAUUUUGUAAUAAAUGGGGCUGGAGCCAAGCUGGCUCUGCCUUUUUGACCUACAGUCCCCGUGUGUAGACCUGCUUUUCCACCUGCUGUUUUCUCCCGGCACAGAGCCGCAGGCACCCCUGCCCUGACUUUGUGUGGCCUGAGCUUGGGGUCCGGUCCUGGCGUUCUUCCUCUCGGGUUCUCCUUGUCCUUGGAGAACCCUGGUGACUCAUGUCUGUCUGUGCUCGAGUGUGUCCCAUCCCGGUUUCAUUCCCUGGGUCCAGGGCCCCCACUGUUCUCCCUGGGGAGCCGGAGGACACAAAGGGCUAGCUCGAAUGGCAGAGGUGGACAGAAGCCCAGAACCACGGCCUGCUGUGGCAGCCAGAAAGUCUCACAGACAGCUAUAGUGGGUUGGAGAAGAGUCUUAACCAGGCCAAACAAGUUUAAUUUCAGGCAAAAGGACAUUCUAGAUGCCCCUCUGCUCACAGCUGUCUCUGAUGAGCCCAGCAGCAAGUGGGAAGGUUGGCGCCAUUCAGAUGUUUAUAAUUCUACUAGUCGUAGCCAUACAUUCCCAGAAGUAGCAGCCCAGAAGUAGACUGGAGCC